GAAGAAAGAAGAAGUAUCCACUGCAGCGGCGGUUGGUUCAGGCCGUUGUCAGCGAUUCACCGUCGAUUUCACCGAGGAGAGCCUACCGUUUUGCAGUCCCGCGAUGAGCGACGACGAAAGCCUGUUCCAGGAACACGAAGAAGCAGAAAUCCACGAUUGGGCAUCCGCUCGUGGAUAUCUUGAACCAGCGGGUCCCAAGGCAUACUCUGGCAAGGAUGGCGUUGCGCACUACUUCACGGUCACCGUGGUGCUUGCGACCGCCACGUUACUGUUGCUCGCAGUCGUCGGUACUGUCGGGCUGCUCUACUACAACUCGUGGCUGGCAGCCAAUCAAGUCCGGCUGGCCGACGUACAGUGCGAGAGUGCGGGCUGCCAGCGCCUGGCACGCUACCUGGAGGUCUCCAUCAACCGGUCGGCCGACGCCUGCAAUGACUUCUACGGUUACGUGUGCAGCAACCUGCUGUACGCGAACACCUUCAAGAUGAUGAGGCAGCAACACAUGGUGAACCUGACGCGGAUGCUGCGGGCUUCGCCAGUGCCCCGCCAACGCCAGACGGCGCUCCAGAAGGUGACGGCGCUCUUCUGCGCAUGCGUGUCGCUCGUGUCCGAGAACCGGUCCGAAGGCGCCGACCUGUGGGCCUUCCUCGUGCACCACGGGCUGCAGCCGGCACCCGUUGGCGGCAAGAUGGCGCACGGCGCCCACGACGUGGACCCUUUGGAGACCACGGUCCGCUUGGCGGUCACGUACGGCCUGCAGCCCGUCGUGUCCUUCAGCUCGCACGGAGCCGGUGCUAGUGGCCGCUACCACCACCUUGACAUCAGCGACGAUUACAACACGUGGCAGGUGACGCGGCAAAGUAUGAUCGCAAACAACGACCUAUCGAGCUUCGUCAGCGAACGAAUAUCCGUGCUGGCGCCGCCAUUGGAGAAGGACGCCGUGCUUGAGCUCAGCGCGGACGUCAUAUUCACGGAGAGCGAAGUCGCGGUAUUCCUCGCUCAAGUGAACAAGUCGCUGGAGGAAAGCAAGCAGAUCAUCGCGUUCUGGACCAAAAUAAAGGACAUGGGCAACUACUCCAAGAACUCCGUGAGCUCAGAGCGGUGGCUGCGCGCAAUUCGCCGUGGGUCCCAGCCGUCGGCGGCGGCCGAGGACAGCGUCUACGCGCGCCCCCUGGCGCUGACGUUGCUCACGCGCCUGCUGAGCGUCAGCGGAGGCGUGGUGGCGGUGCGCCGGCUCCUCUGGUGGGGGUUGGUGCGCGAGCUGGCGCCGUACGCCAGCGGGCGCUACCUGCCCAGCGACUCGCAGGCGCUGGACCACUUCUGCGUGCGCCGGGUGGCCGCCAAGCUGGAGCUCGCCAUCAGGGCCGUCCACCUGUUCAGAGCGGUCACGCCCAGCGUUCUGUCCGCGGCCGAGAACCUCACCGAGGACGUGCGUGCAGCCCUGAAGAGGGCGCUGCUCUCUUCUUCCUGGCUGCGCGGUACGACGCGCACCAAGGCGCUGAGCAAGGCGGACGCCAUGGCCGUGACGCUGGGAUUCCCCGAGCGAUUCUCGCGCGAGUCCCAGCUGGACCAGUACUUCGCCACGCUGGACGACGUUCGCCCCGACAAGUCACUGUCGUCGUGGCUGGCGCUGCGCCACUUCCUGCAGCAACAGCAGCGCCGCGCUGGAGGCGACGACGCUGACGUGGCAGUGACGCACGCGCACAAGGUGAACGCGUACUACCUCUCCGGCAACCGGCUGCUGGUCCCCGCCGGCAUCAUCCAGGAGCCCGUGUACUUCCACGACGCCGCCGACGCCUACAACUACGGCGCGCUGGGACAGGCAGUCGGUCACGAGAUGAUGCAUGCGUACGACACGCAUGGCCGCAAGUUUGACCACCAAGGCCAUCCGUGGGCCUGGACGGUCACCUCGGCCCGCGAGUACCAGCAAAGGCUUCAAUGCAUUCGCCGCAGCCACGUCGAGGUGGAGCAGAAGAGGCUCGCCUUGGAGCUGGGUGUGGGCGACGACCCGGAGAACCUGGCCGACUUUUCCGCUGCGUCGCUGGCGUACGACGCGUUCCAGUCCCUGCCCGACCACAGGCGCGCACUCACGGUGCACGGCUUCGGCUCCGAGCAGCUCUUCUUCAUCGGCCACUGCGUCAAGUGGUGCCGCUCGCUGACCGUGCACCGGAGCCACGGAUACGCCAGGGGUCGCUCGCGCUGCAUCGUGCCCCUCAUGCACAUGCCCCAGUUCUCGGCGGCGUUCGGGUGCAGUGCCAACGCCUACAUGAACGCGCCGAGCAAGUGCUCUUUCUGGUAGACAGAGAAAGGAGGGCGUUUGGCGCGCGCGUACCGUGUUGCUGUGGACGGAGCUGCACGAGUUGCGAUUUCACCGUAUCAUGACGAAGUUGAACGUGCAGCGUUAAUUGCGUAAUGUGCAUAAGCGAAUGACUGCUGAAAUGUUUGCGUCCUUGAUGUCGAAGUGCGUGCGCAAAGGGGCAAAAUUAUGUGUCACUUAGCAGAUUAGAGAGCUUUAUGUCCUAGAUAAUUGUACUACAGCCUUAAGGUUUUAUAAUUCUGUAUUCAUGAAUAAAUGCCUUAGUGUCGUGAAAGAACAGGACCGCCGUUCAUGAUUCUAUUGCGCUUGGUAUUGCAUAUUACUGUUAUCAUUGCGCUUAGGCCAUCCUGUUGGGAACACUUCCUUAUUCAACUCGGAGGUUGCUUAUAAUGGGGUGACAGCAGCAGUGUUCCGCUAUAAUAUCUGUUACUAAGACCAUGGGGGCAUAAUUAGUGGCCUUGCUGUAGUAGGCUGCAAGGCAUUCGUGGGUAUGAAUGAGCUUGCUUCUUUUGCAAAGCAUACGCGUGUGAAAGGAUAAAAUUGAGGUCAGAAUUAUGUAUUGUUUUGUUUUCAGUUUGUUUCCUUAUAGCACUUCGCUGGUUGUCUGAGCAAUGUGGAGCCUUCGUAAUGAUCUGAUUUAGUCGAUCGUGACCAAUAUAUUCCGUUGGGAGCAGAAAGGAACAAAUGUGGUACCAGUGCUGAAACGACUAAGCUUUGCAUGCCAGCAUCAGCACCGAAACACACAGCUAAAUAGGCGUUGACAACAGUUUACAACGUCAUAUGCUCCGAUAUGGCGUUCGCAAAUUCACCGCUUAUCUCGAGGCAACUUCAGCUCUGAGGCUCCUAUCUAAAUGCAUGGGAAAGGAGAAAUCGUUUUUCUUGGCAACCAUAGUUCCAGAAAAUGAAAAAAUAAUAAUAAUCCGAGUAUCUCUAAGGGGCUGCAAGCAACACUACGUUGGUUCUACCUAGCUAAGUGGCAUUUGCUUACUUUUAAUGUUUGGCUCAAGUUAUGUGGGACAUAUACGCCUGCCUCGCGUUCCUGUCAGCGAGAUACCGACGACCGAACUUCGUUCACUGACGAUCCAUGCGAAACCUCGACUAUGCGGUCAAAGCUUGGAUUCCUUAAAUAAAACGCGACAGGCUCAGCACCCACGAAGUGCGGGCCAAGUUCAAGUGACUGUGUAUACUGAAAUCAAAUGACUGUGUGUCAAGAUAAUUCUGAGCCUAUAUGGAAAAUCAUUUCAACGUCAAUUUCGAAUGAAUGCGCUCGGUAGAGAUUUAAUUGACUAAAGUUAGGACAGCGUCAGUGCUCUCAUACUGGGCACGAAUUUAGUUUGCCACUGUUAGGAAAGUGUAUUUGACUCAGAGUCCGUGCACAUUUAGUUUACUCAUUAUUGAACACACUCAAAAUGUGAACGCCAAAUGGCGUUCGAUUCGCUACUCGCUAAUUGAAAGGCAUUCAUUAUAUUAACAGGGUACUGUGCUGCU